AUGGCGGCCUUCCCCGCGCGCUGCUCCCGGACUCUUCCCGCGCGGGGCCGCCUAGGCGCGACGGGGCCGGGCUGCGGACGGGCGGCUGGGGCCAGUGCGGGCAGGCCAGACGCGGGGCGGCAGGGCAAGUGCCCUUGGCGGGGCGAGCGGCGGGGGAGAGCCCGGGACCUGCGCUCGGCCAGCGAGGCUGCUUCCCCGAGACGCCCUCGGGAUGGGAGGAGGGGGGGCGGCGGGCGGGCGUCGUGUGAGCGGCCGCUGUUCCGUCGUGCCGUUUCAGCACCGUUCGGGCCUCUCUCCGGGGUGGCCUCGCUGUGCCGCGACUGGCUGUCGGAGCUGCCCCUGAAGGUGGUGGCCGAGUGGCUCCACGAGGAUCUGGCCGAGCGGCGGCGGCGCCUGUCCUUCGACGAGAGCCCCACCGGCGGCUUGGCCUGGCUGCCCGACGGCGCCCGCGCCCCCACCUACCCCGGCGAGCUGUCCUUGUGCACCCUGCAAGGGGAGCUGUACCUCUGGAACGUGGAGAUGGGGCUCCGGCGGCUGCACCAGGACCCGGACAGCCUCUUCUUCCGGGACCCUUCCCCUUGGCGCUGGAGCGAGUUUUCUGCCCACCCACAAGUGCUGACUUUUGCCGACCACACCGGCCUGAAGGGUCUCGACCAGAGGGUGUCCUCCCACUUCGACCUCUUCAAGGUGGGGGCUGAAGCGGAUUGCCAGCGUGGGGAACGCCUUGUCCUCUCCAAGCACCUGGGCCCUUCGGAGCCCUUCCACCACUUAGUGGCCACGCAGUUUUCGGUCUUUGUGCUGGACGAACGCUUCCCCUGGUGCCUGUCCUGUCCCUGGGAGCACAUGAUGCAGCGGCCACCCAUCUAUGCCCACCACAUACCUGUGGGCCUGGCAGCACAGCCACAAGGUGCUCCUGGGUGCCCACCACUCCCAGGAGAUGCUCCUGCUGCAGUACUCAGGUGGGCACCAGAAGAGGCCCUGCACCCUCCAUUGGCAUUGAGGCAGUCAUGUGGGCACAGCCUCCCUUGCCAGCUCCAAGGUGCGCCCCAGAAGCUGCCCUCCAUCAAGGAGUGUCUGCCCCACUUUCCCGCGCAGGUGCCUGUGAGGCAGAGCGCCCUCAGCCAGCGGCUCUCCGUCCCCACAGCAGGCAUUGCAGCAGCCCUGGGCCAGAAGGAGGGCAUUCAGACACUGCUGGUCUUCCAGCUUUCCCAGGCCGGGGACCUCUUCUACCAGCCGCUCCCCAAGGCCAAUGGGGAGGCUCCCACCGACUGGAGCCAGAGACCAGUGUUGCAGGCGCCGUGAUGGGCAGACCCUGCCAGGACCCCAUUUCUCCAGACGGAGCCAAGACCGCUUGUACCCCGGCAGCUGCAACCCUCUACCGGCGCUGGC